AUGACCCUCGUAGUAGACCAUAGUAGCAAAUCAAUGCUUGGACCCCCUAGAUCCUUUAAAACCUGUCACCCCAUCUUUGUAGAUGAACUCUUUCCUACCUCUGACUUUCCCAUUCAAUCCAUCAUAUUCCUACACAGAGGAGAAAUCAUUGCUAAACAGUGGUACUACAGACUUCAACCUAGCAUGGCCAAUGCUUCACCAGCUGCCUCUAUAUUGGCCCCACGCUCAGAUGAGCUUGCAAAAAUGCUUGUCAAAGCCAACUGCAUGUAUUGGGGGUGUAGUCUGAUGAAAAUGGUGUAUCAGUUUAUUAGGAGUUGUUCUAAACACAAAGAAAAUCCCACUGAACUUCCACCUCCCAAACUUCCUCGCCUAUGUAUGGUUUAUUCUGCCAUUGCUGUGCCUCUUGUCCCGAGUCUGAAAGGUGCAGUAUACCUGCUUGAGGAGCAAAUUGAUGGAGAUUUUGUGAAGUAUAUUAACAACAACAAUGCCUCACCUAGACCUGGUUUGAAUGACCAGCAACAGUUGAUCACUGAGUUUCUUUGUUUCGUGCAACAUGUCCAGUAUAAUAUCUCUCAUGGUCUUGCUUUCUUGUCUGAUUUCCAAGGUAUUUAUUUCAUUUUUAGGUCCUAA